AUGCUUGGCUGGAUUAAGCGCCUAAUUAGGAUGGUUUUUCAACAGGUUGGAGUAAGCAUGCAAUCGGUACUUUGGUCUGGGAAGCCAUAUGGUUCAUCUCGAAGUAUCGUAAGGAAAAUUGGUACUAAUUUAUCUCUGAUCCAGUGUCCGAGAGUUCAGUUUCAGCUUACCAGCCCUACAACAGAAUGGAGCCCUAGCCAUCCAGGAGAGGAUGCAGUGGUGUCUUUUGCUGAUGUUGGAUGGGUAGCCAACGAAGAAGAGUGUUCAACAAGACGAAGGACAGAGGUCAGAUCAAGGCAGCCCCUUCAGGAUGGCCUGCCUUUCUUUGAGAAGCCGCCAAGCAGGGAGCUUUCCUUACCAAACCUGUCUCCAGAAGAGCCUCAAAUGAAGACAGCACUGGCAAAUGAGGAAGCACUACAGAAGAUCUGUGCCCUUGAAAAUGAACUUGCUGCUCUCAGAGCUCAGAUUGCCAAAAUUGUGACCCUGCAAGAACAGCAAAAUCUCAUUGCAGGUGAUUUAGAUUCGACCACAUCCGUUACUACGGCCCCACCCUCUGUCCCACCACCUCCCCCGCCCCUCCCCACACCAGGGCUCCACCAAAGUGUAUCUGCUAUUGACCUGAUAAAAGAACGAAGAGAGAAAAAAGCCUGUGCUGGAAAGACUCAGGUUAAGAGCAGGCCAAAGAAACCGGAUAUGCCAAAUAUGCUAGAGAUCCUUAAAGAUAUGAACAGUGUAAAACUUCGGUCAGUAAAAAGGUCAGAACAGGAUCUAAAGCCCAAACCUGUGGAUGCUACCGACCCUGCUGCCCUCAUAGCAGAGGCUCUGAAAAAGAAAUUUGCCUUUCGAUAUCGAAGUGAUAGUCAAGGUGAAGUUGAAAAAGGAAUUCCAAAGUCUGAAUCAGAGGCCACCUCAGAAACAGUGUUGUUUGGGCCGCACAUGUUGAAGUCUACAGGAAAAAUGAAGGCUUUGAUUGAAAAUGUUUCAACUUAA